ACUACCCCAACUACAACAACCACUACCCCAACUACAACCACCACUACCCCAACAACAACCACCACUACCCCAACUACAACAACCACUACCCCAACAACAACCACCACUACCCCAACUACAACAACCACUACCCCAACUACAACCACCACUACCCCAACUACAACCCCCACUACCCCAACAACAACCACCACUACCCCAACUACAACAACGACUACCCCAACUACAACAACCACUACCCCAACUACAACAACCACUACACCAACAACAACCACCACUACCCCAACUACAAAAACCACUACCCUAACUACAACAACCACUACCCCAACAACAACAACCACUACCCCAACUACAACAACCACUACCCCAACUACAACAACCACUACCCCAACAACAACCACUACCCCAACUACAACAACCACUACCCCAACUACAACAACCACUACCCCAACAACAACCACUACCCCAACUACAACA